AUGGUCAUUGGACCAGCCGCGAUGCAGAUUCGAAUUGGGGGGCGGUUGACGGUUCGAAGGCCUCGCCGUGAAUUGCGUUGGGGCGCAGGCGCAAAUAGAGGGAGCGCCGCUUCGAAAUGCCGCAUCGGCCGCGGGCGCUACGUAAGCAGUCCUACGCCAUCGUCGCAGACUCGAAUAAAUGCGUUGUAGCCUAGGUCGGUUAUACACAUUGAAAUCAGUGGACCUGAGUAAGACAUGUCCACUAAUUUUAAUGGAUCUAACCUUGGAUAUAAUCCAUAGUUUUUGCCGCCUCACGUGAUAUUUAGUAAGUUCUAUAUAUAUUUAGUGCGUUCUAUAUACACGUAGAUAAAAACAACAACCUACUGAUAUAUAAGUAUGUAAAGCCCUUAACAGCCUGGGAUCAGUUCACUUGUGAGAUUGCUUUACCUCAGAUGUGUCCACUUGAUUUCUUCAAGCUGCAGAAUUGGCAGAGGUGUCAAGUGAUAUACUUUGGAACUGGCUGCAUCUUGACAUCAAGGAGCCUUCGCUUUUCUCUCUCUCUCUCUCUCUCUCUCUCUUUGAAGCCUAAUAAAAACAUAUUUCUUUAAGCAAGCCUAUCCAGGCACAUAGAAUGUUGACACAGGUUUUAAUGCAUUGUUUACGUUGAUUUUAAUUAUCUGAAUGCUUUAAAUAGUUUAUAACUUUUUUACUGAUGAUUUUGUUGUUUCAUCCUUUUUUGUAAGUCAAGCAAUAUAUACACCUUCCGAAAUAAAUAUGUAAUAAUGAUAGUAAUAAGUGAAGCUUCUGAGUAGGACUGCACAACACUGUACAUCUGGAGUAAUAAACCUCCGCCCUAGCUUGCUACUGACAAAUUAAUGACAGCAAACGUUGCAGCCUUUUAAUCUCUCGUUGAGAAGGAUAGUGUGACUGAAGGAUGUUAGUUGAAUAAUAGGUGUGUAAAAACAAGGAGUCCUGCAGGAAAGGUGAACAAAUUACGGCACAGCCUCAGAGAUCUGAGUGUGGGCUGGGUUCUUUUGUGUGUGUUUUUUUUGCUACAGUAGACUAGCACGGUGAAAUAUACUCAGAGUCGCAAAGUGAUUUCAUGCUCUUUAUUCAGCUCAUAGUGGUGAGGAGGAAUGAAUGAAUGUCCCCUCAAAGUAUCUGCUUUAUAUACAUUAUUUACACAAUGGGCUGCACAUGAUUGGCUAAUUCCGUAAUUCUACUGUAAGCCAAUCAGGUUGUGGAUUCACUUCUAUCUGGAGCAUGAUUGGGUGGUUCCUGCCAACCAAUCAUACUGCUGCAUUGAUCUAGGACCAAUCAGACUGCUGCAUUUUGGAUCCUAUUGUUCUAGGACCAAUCAGACUGCUGCAUUUUGGAUCCUAUUCAACUCAGUACAUAACACAUGGCUACCACUAUGGAAAGUAAAAUGGGGUGGUACAAAUCAGACUUUGGCCACAUUCACACCAUACACUUAAGGCACCCCAGUACCUCCUCCCAGGGAAUUCUGGGAAUGGUAGCUCUGAUAGGGGAAUAGGAGUCUCCUAACAAAGCUCUGCACCCUUAGCAAACUACAGCUCCCAGGAUUCUUUGGGGGAAGCCAUUAUGGUUUAAAGCUCUUUAGAUGUAUGGUGUAAAUGAGGACUCUGUGUGAGUGUUUAUGUGGGUCACAUUUCUGAAUGGUUUCUGGUUGUUUAUAAUAUUUAUAUCUUCAGCAAAAUAAAAAAUAAAAAUAAGUCUCCAAACAGUUUACACAGUGAAACUUGGCAACAAUUAAAAUAGCAUUAACAUCCCUUUACUGUAAAUUUUCUGCUACAGUUUAUGUUCCGCUCACUUCCUUGAACAGAAUGUUCCUCAUGUCAUGUAGGCCACACUAGACAGAUGAUAUCAGCAGCAAAUCCCAACUCUCUCGCCUGUCCUUAAAAGGAGGCUGUUGCGGGGAGCGAUUUAAUGAUCAAUCCCUCUCCCCAGGGAACACUGAAAAUUGUAGCUUUUGGAUCUCCUAACAAUUCUCAGCAUCCUUUACAAACUACAGCUCCCAGGAGUCUUUGGGGGAAGUCAUGACUUUAAAGUGGUAUCAUAGUGCUUUAAAUGUAUGGUGUAACUAUGGCCUAAGUUUGUGGGGGGGGGUCCCCCUGCCCUCCAGAACAUAGGAAAUUGUCUUAUACUGAGGCAGACAGCACACCAUCCAAAAUUUCUGCAAUGAAAAUAGGGAUGUCCCAUUCCAUAAUGAUAAUUUUACUAUUUAUAUUUGACACAUCUUACUGGGUUGCCCUAGCCGCUCUGGGCAGCUUCAAACAUAAUAAAAAUUACCAUAUUUUUUGCUCUUUAAGACUCACUUUUUCCCUCCUAAAAAGUAAGGGGAAAUGUGUGUGCGUCUUAUGGAGCAAAUGCAGGCUGCGCAACUAUCCCAGAAGCCAGAACAGCAAGAGGGAUUGCUGCUUUCACUGCGCAGCGAUCCCUCUUGCUGUUCUGGCUUCUGAGAUUCAGAAUAUUUUUUUUCUUGUUUUCCUCCUCCAAAAACUAGGUGCGUCUUGUGGUCUGGUGCAUCUUAUAGAAUGAAAAAUACGGUAAUCAUUGAAAAAACUUUCCUAUACAGAGCUGCCUUCAGAUGGCUCGGGGGUGGAAUAACACCAUACCCUGCAACAUUUCUCCAAUGAAAAUAGGGACAACCUAAGGAAAAAGGGUACAUUCUGAGAUCAAAUCAGAAACCAGGACUGCUUCCCUAAAUCAGGGACAUCCCUGGAAAAUAGGGACACUUGGAGGGUCUGAGAUGGUCUGCAGACCCUUGGUUCAUCUAGCUCAGUAAUGUCUACACUGUCUGGCAGCAACUCUCCAGGUUUCAGACAGGGUUCUCUCCAGUGCUUUUUUCCUCACCAUGAAAUUGUUACACGAAAUGCCACACUUUUUAACAACAACAACAAAAGGUGCCAAUACUGUGUACCCUUGAGUACCCUCUGAAAAAAACCCACUGGUUCUCUCCCAGCCCUACCAGAAGAUGCCAAGGAUUGAACCUGAAACCUUCUGCAUACAAAGCAGAUGUACUGUCACUGCACUAUAGUCCUACCCCAAAGAGUGAAUGUUCAAUCCUGCGAGCUGUCUGCAUCAGGUGGUACAAUACUGACACAGGUUUGCCACCUCACAGAAAACUAGGUUUAUGUUAGCGCACACAUUCAUCUGUGAGUCACCAAGUGCUGAGUAACCAAGUGACAUUUUAUAUAUAUAUAUAUAUAUAUAUAUAUAUAUAUAUAUAUAUGGUGAAAUUAUUCCUAAGUGUCAAUCUUGGCUCUUCCCUGUCCCUAUGGCCUGUGCUGUGAAAGAGAGAGAAGCUCUCCAGUCAGUCUCCAAAUUACAGGCUCUCAUUUCCAAUAAGACCCUUCAUUUUAGAGAAUGCCAAGGUCCUGUUAUCUGCCACUAUUGCACUACCGUGAUUCAGUGGUCUGACAGUACAAAAGCUAUGGCCCGAUGUGGGGGUGGACAGUUUAACUUUGACAGGAAUACAACCUCCUUCACAUGGCCUAGAUGGAAAUUGUAUUUACAGAGUAUGAGCGAUGUUCUAGUGCCUCACAGAUAACAGGGCCUAAAUCUUUCGUAACAAUUCAGUUCAAGGCAAAAAGAGAUAUGAUGAAGGAAAUCAGUGUUUUAACUCUUUCCCUGGUUAAAAUUGUCCCCUCUCCCUAUAUGAAGCUGCUACUAGUCCUACAGGGGCAAUUCAGGAACCUGCAUUUUAAUACAAUUUUUUUUUAAGUGCAAAGAUCCAGUCAUGGAUGCCAUAUUUGUUUUGGCCAUUUAGAUAUUCUUUCAAAUGCAUUCAACUAGGUUUUACUCAGAGUAAAUCAAUAGACCCAACUUAGCUAUGUUCAUUAGUCUGGUCACCUAAACACAUACACACACCCCUCCCUCACCAAUGCCUCUUAUAAAAUAUUCCAACCAUUUGGUUUUGGUUUAGCUGAUAAUUGAGGAGACGUAGUUUCCUCAGUAAGAAGGCUGCUGUGAUGAUAAAAUUUAGAGGACUUCAACUGGUGAGAAGACUGUGGGACUUGUUGGCAAUUUUGGUUCAAAUAUCCACUCAACCACUAGGUGUUCUUCUCAUGUGAAAUAGCCACACAGGGUUUACCGUGUGUGAAAAUAACACAAUGUAGGGGAAUCACGCCACUUCUUAAUCUUUGGGAGAUGGGUAGGAUAAAAAUAUAUUAACUACAAGUAAUUUGAAUGAAUAUGUUAUGAAUCAAAAUGAUUCCCAAUUUACUUAGGCCCAAUUUUUACUAUAUAGCUAAAGCAGUAAUGAUGGCUUCCCUCAAAGAAUCCUGGGAACUGUAGUUUGUUGAGAGUGCUAAGAGUUGCUAGGAGACUCCUAUUCCCUUCCCAGAGCUAAUUUCCAGAGUAGUUUAACAACCAAUCCCUAUUUCCAGGGAGUUCUUGCCCAAAUAAAUUGCCUUAAGGGAUCCUCUAGAAUUGUGUUUUUCCCGGAUAUAUUCUGCAACAUGUUCUUGACACAUGAAUAGUUCAUUACAGGGGAUGUAUUGUGCUUUAUUAGUUAUCUUGUGGUGCCUCCCAAGGCUGUCCGGAGGGCCACGAAAGUGGGACCAAAAACAACCCAGAAGAUUUGUGAUAUGAAAAGUGACAAGAUUUCAGCCUGAUUGGAAAUGAAGCAGCAUGUCCACCUUUAAAAUUUGACAGGCACAAAUAGUAUUGAAAAUGGGGUUAAAUAUGGCUACCCCAACAGCAUUGCAAAGAUAAAGCAUCAUGAAUUUAAGAAAAGCCCUUAUAUAACCAGAAAAACAGGACAACAAAGCCACCAAUCAAACUGCCACCAGGUGGCAUCAGAUUCAUAUUCUAUUGCAUAACUCUCCUCCUGCUCCACAGUCUGGUGGGGGGAAAAACAAUGCAAAAUGACUAUAAAGGUGCUGUCAUUUUUUAAGGGGGUGGGGGUGGGGAGUUCUCAUUGCGCAAAUCUUUGCUCAUCCUGAUGAUACUAAAAAAAGGGUAACUUUUGCUUUUAGCAGAACUUAAAGUGCAUCUGUUAGUCAGUAUGAGUAACAAUGUGAGGGAAAGACUCAAGUUAUGAAAGAGGGAACUUUUGUUGGUGUUGCUCCAACAUGUUGAUCAAGCACUCUGAAGCAGGUAGGGAUCUGGGACUGUAGAAUGACAAGUGGGGGGGGGGAGUCCUAAAAGUAGAGUGAAAAUGUCAGGGAAUAAACAAACCCUGUGCUUGCACAUUCUCCACUGCACACGCCCCAUUUCCUUUCCAAAUCUCCCUACACUUAUGCUUCCUCAGACUUUAUAAAGCCCUCCCCAGACCCCUCUCUAUAGCCCUCAUAACUCUCCCUAGGCCACACCCUCCCUCCAGACAACACCCCCUCAAGAGCCUCCCUACUUCAUAUCCUUGAGUGUUUUUGCCUGGCUCAUACAUGCCCUUCAACUCUGAUCCUGCUUCUUUUUUGCCUGAGCAGAUGAGAGCACAAGGGUGUGCAGAAAGCAGCCUAUUGUACAAAGGUCAAUUUUACAUUAGUUCCUCAACGACACUUUUGCCUCAAGCCCUGCCCACCACUGGCAGAUGCCCCCUGUAAGGUUGCCCAGAAGGGAAUACAGUGACUAAACAGCCUGAAACAAACCAGGAUGCUAACUCCGCUCUACGGCAGGAAGGUUAUUUGCACUUUUAAAGAGACAUGCACACUCCCCAAUUCAGGUGAGGCACAGACACUACUAGGCCACCAGUUCUACCAACUCCAUGGCAGGGUACAUUACUCAGCUUCCCUUGAGUAAAAGCACCACCCAAACACACCAUCAACUCUGGUCACUCUCAGCAAGGGACUGGGGAGAACUUUGGUUCAGUUUUCAUUUAAAGGCAAACUUACUAAAUUUGCAUUUUAUGAAGCAAUAUCUGAACCAAAACACAGCCAUCUUUCAAAAGUCACACUUCUCCUAAUUUUGCAAUGCAGUUCUCCAGCCAAGUAGUGGAUACACAAAUCAACAUACAAAGGGAAAGUGUGCGUCUGAAUGCAUAUGUUAGUGAAAUAACAAACAAACAAAAAUUAUAUUAUGGGGAAUUGUUUUGCAAAAAUGUGUAUGUUAGGGAAAUUGCAUGUAAAAUGUGUACAGUAGAAGAAAUUCACACAAAAAUGCCAAUAAAUGUUCACAAGGAAAAUAAAAAACGAAACAAAAUGCAAACUGAUAUAGAAAUGUGGAAAACUGAACUUAAGAUUGGAAAAAUGAGAAACCAAAAUGGCCACAUUCGCCCAUCUCUACCUAGCUGCUCUGGCUUUUUACUGGUUUGCUCCAAAGCCCCCUCAUUUAUGGGCAGAUCUUAGCCUGAAAUUUGGUAUUUAUAAUGAAUGAUUUUAGAGUGUUGUUUGUGCUGUACUCUUGUACUGUUUUAUUGUUGUUAGCUGCCCUGAGCCCGGCUUCGGCUGGGGAGGGCGGGAUAUAAAUAAAAUUUAUUAUUAUUAUUAUUAUUAUUAUUAUUAUUAUUAUUAUUAUCAUUAUUGUGUCCCGGGAUGUUGGAGGGUAUAAGGAUGCAGCCAAAUUUCUUUUUGCAUGACCCACAUUCUCCAUUUUUUUAAAGGUGGAGGGAUCAUGCAUUCGGGUGUCAACAUAGCCUUAUUUAUUCGGAGGAUCGGUGAUGAUAGCAUACAACGAAGAAAGCAGGAAACAGUAAAUCUCACCCAGAUAUAG